UUUGUAGGAAGCUGGGAAGUAAGGCACAAUCUCUCCGCUAUCGAUAGACAACGUGGUUUGGCUCGUCAUGGCAGCAGCACAGUGUAAUACUACUCCACUCCACAUUUAUUGCUCAGACUUCUUUUUCCCUGAAUCAAUUGGUUGCAGUGUGCUGCAGGUGUACUGCUGAACACCUACAACUUCUGAGCUGUUUAGCUACCCUUGCAGAAAAAUCUGAAGAAGAAACUCUGGAAACUGAAUAUUGGCACAAUGACUACUUCGGCACUGUGUCAGGCAGACGGGCAAGUAAAUAAAAGCUCCACUCUUCAGAAAUAUGAACCCAGUUUAAAAAUAAUGAUUCCUAUCCACAUCAAAGCAAAGUCAGCUGUUAAUCCAAUGGAUGAUGCCGGGCUCUUCUCAUCAGUUACAUAUUCUUGGCUUUCACCUUUAAUGAUGAAAGGAUAUAGACACAGCAUCACUGUGGAUAGCUUACCCCCACUAUCAUAUUAUGACAGUGCAGACCCAAAUGCAAAAAGAUUUCGACACCUUUGGGAAGCAGAGCUUGCAAGUGUUGGGCCUGAGAAAGCUUCCUUGGGCAAAGUAGUAUGGAAAUUUCAAAGAACAAGAUUUUUGGUGGAUAUCAUAGUAAAUUUAAUUAGCAUUAUAUUUGCUGCUUUAGGACCUACUGUGAUCAUUCAUAAAAUUCUACAGUACAGUGCAAGCACCUCAAAAAACUUUGUUGAGGGAGUCGGACUCUGCAUGGCACUAUUUUUUGCUGAAUUUUUUAAAAUAAUAUUUUGGGCACUGGCAUGGGCCAUAAACUACCGUACAGCCAUACGAUUAAAAAAUGCUAUUUCUACAGUAGCAUUUGAGCAUCUACUGGAAUUUAAGUCUUUGACGCAUGCUUCUGUCGGUGAGGUCAUCAAUGUACUUUCUCAUGAUGGUUAUCAUAUGUUUGAAGCAGCCAUAUUUUGUCCCCUGCCAAUGAAUGUGCCUAUUCUAAUUAUCAUUUGCACAGUAUAUGCUUGUUUUAUUCUUGGUCCUACAGCUCUCAUAGGCACGUUUGUUUAUAUCAUAUUUAUACCUCUACAGAUAAAGAUGGCUAAAUUCACAACUAUAUUCCGGCAAGCAGCAAUUUCAGUAACUGAUAAGCGUGUGCAAAUAAUGAACGAGAUUUUAACAUGCAUUAAAUUGAUUAAAAUGUAUGCUUGGGAAAAAUCUUUUGCAACAACAAUCAAAGAUAUAAGAAAUAUGGAAAAGAAGCUAUUGGAAAAAGCAGCGUAUGCACAGAGUGUAAAUUCUGCUCUGACGCCUGUUGUAUCAGCACUGGCUACUGUUCUGACAUUUACUUUACACACCAUUUUAAAGCAAGAACUAACUGCACCAGUUGUUUUCAGUGUGAUUGCUAUGCUUAAUGUAAUGAAGUUCUCAAUUGCAAUCUUACCUUUCUCAGUGAAAGCAGCAGCAGAAGCUAAGGUUUCUCUAGAAAGACUGAAGGUCCAUCCUGGUUUUAAUAUAUUUGACAGAUUUUUUACAUUAUAUAAUCUGAAAAAUUCAGAAAAUGCCAUAAUAAUGGAAGAUGCAACACUGACUUGGGAACAACUGAAUGACCACAGUGAAAAGAGAAACAGAGACAACAUUACGAACACCAAGAGUGUCCAUAAAAUCUUGGAGCCAGCAUCUCAGAUAUUACCUAGAGAGACAGAAAGAGAGAAUGGCACAACCACCAUUUUGCAGCACUUGAGCUUUACUGUGAAGAAAGGAAAGAUUGUGGGUAUUUGUGGAAACGUUGGAAGUGGAAAGAGCGCAAUAAUAUCUGCUAUUUUAGGACAGAUGAACCUCUGUGAUGGGACAGUAGCGGUUGAUGGAACAUUAGCUUAUGUAUCACAGCAAGCCUUUAUAUUUCAUGGAAACGUAAGAGAAAAUAUAUUAUUUGGAGAAGAAUACAAUGAGCAAAGAUACAAUUACGCAGUCAAUGCAUGCAGCCUAGAGUCAGACAUGGAAAUUCUUCCUCAUGGAGAUAUGACUGAAAUAGGAGAAAGAGGUCUCAACCUUUCUGGUGGCCAGAAGCAAAGGAUCAGCUUAGCACGUGCUGUCUAUGCCAACAGAGAUAUUUAUUUGUUGGAUGAUCCCCUAUCAGCAGUUGAUGCACAUGUUGGAAAGCAUAUUUUUGAACGAUGCAUAAAAGAGGCCCUUAAAGGAAAAACAAUACUGUUAGUAACUCAUCAACUACAGUAUUUAGAAUUCUGUGAUGAAGUAAUUUUAUUAGAAGAUGGAAAAAUAUGUGAAAGUGGAACUCACAAAAAUUUAAUACAGAAAAAUGGACACUAUGCUCAGCUGAUUGAAAGUCUUCAUAUGGAGCAAGCAAAGAAGCCAAAACACAUUUUUAUUGAGUCACUUAUAGAAACGCAAGACAAAACUGAUAUCUCAGGAAGUUCUCAUGAAGGAGCUGAAAAUUACGUUUUUGAUAUGUCUGAUGAGGGAAAUAAGGCACCAAGGAAAGAACCCCAAGAGAGAAGCAAUGCAGCUCCUAUAAACCAACUUGUUCAAGGAGAGGAAAAACAGGAAGGUGCAGUGACAUGGAAAACCUAUCAUGCUUACAUUAAAGCUUCUGGAGGUUUCACAUUGUCUACUUUCAUAGUACUCCUUUUUAUGCUGAUGAUUGGCUCUUCAGCCUUCAGUAACUGGUGGCUGAGUUUCUGGGUGGAGCAAGACUCAGAGGUAUGUGCACCAGAAAGCUACAAAUUUUUGGAUAAUGAAGUAAAAAGCAUUUCUGUGCUGGCAAGCACCUCACAUAACCAUAGAAUGCACUUUUAUCGCUUAAUCUAUGGAAUUAGCAUGGUGACCAUGAUCAUACUAAGCAUCGUUAAAGGGUUUGUUUUUACAAAGACAACAUUAAAGGCUUCUUCUACAUUACAUGAUAGUUUAUUUUGUAAGAUCUUGCAGAGCCCAAUGAGUUUCUUUGAUACAACUCCCACUGGCAGGCUAAUGAACCUUUUUUCUAAUAAUAUGGAUGAAUUGGAUGUGAGCCUUCCAUUUCACGCUGAGAAUUUUUUGCAGCAGUUUUUUACGGUCUUCUUUAUUCUAGUCAUAAUAGCCCUUGUUUUUCCUUUUCUUCUAAUUGCAAUUGCUAUCAUAGCUAUUAUUUUUGUUCUUCUUUUUAAAAUUUUUCAGAGAACUAUCCAAGAACUAAAAAGAAUGGAAAAUAUCAGCAGAUCACCCCUGCUGUCUCAUAUAACUUCUUCUGUGCAAGGUCUCAGUGUAAUUCAUGCUUAUGACAAAAAAGACAACUACAUCAACCAGUUUAAAAAUUUAAAUAAUGAAAAUGCAGAACAUUUUCUGUUAUUCAAUUGUGCAUUACGCUGGUUUGCGGUCAGAACAGAUAUCCUCAUGAGUUUUGUGACUUUGAUCGUGGCACUAUUUGUUGUUCUGAGCCCUCCUUCCAUAAGUGCUGCAUCAAAAGGCUUGACAUUAUCCUACAUCAUCCAGCUGAGUGGACUUCUCCAAGUAUGUGUAAGGACAGGAACUGAGACAGAUGCUAAAUUUACCUCAGUUGAACAGAUAAUGCAGUAUGUCCUGAUGUGUGUUCCUGAGGCUCCAAAACAUUCAGAGUCACUGAAAUCUCCCAAAGAUUGGCCGAGUCAUGGAGAAAUUAUAUUUAAAGAUUAUCAAAUGAAAUACAGAGAAAACAGUCCUUUGGUUCUCACAGGCCUAAAUAUUAAGUUUAAUGGUCAAGAAACUAUUGGUAUUGUCGGAAGAACAGGCUCUGGCAAAUCUUCCCUAGGAGUGGCACUGUUUCGACUGGUAGAACCCACCGCUGGCACUAUCCUAAUAGAUGAUGUGGACAUCUGUACAAUUAGUUUGCAGGAUCUAAGAACAAAACUUUCAGUUAUUCCUCAAGAUCCCAUUCUGUUCAUAGGUACAGUAAGAUAUAAUUUAGAUCCUUUCAGUAACUGUACAGAUGAUCAGAUCUGGCAAGCACUUGAAAGAACAUUUAUGAAAGAUACUAUAUUAAAACUCCCAGGAAACUUGCAGGCAGUUGUUGUUGAAAACGGAGGCAACUUCUCUGUGGGGGAACGGCAGCUGCUUUGCAUGGCAAGAGCACUGCUUCGAAAUUCAAGAAUCAUACUUCUUGAUGAAGCCACAGCUUCUAUCGACUCCAAAACCGACGCGCUAAUUCAGUGCACGAUCAGAGAGGCAUUUAAGGACUGCACAGUCUUAACCAUCGCACAUCGCAUAGACACAGUUAUGGAAUGCGACAACAUCCUGGUGAUGAGCAACGGAAAGGUAGCUGAGUUUGGCAAGCCAAAAGAUCUUGUAAAAAACCCCAAUUCUGCUUUUGCAUCACUCUUGGCAGCAGCAAACAAACCAGCCUCAUAGAAGCCUUUGGCAUUCGGCUGUAAGAUCACGGGAAAUGCAUGAGCGAUACUCAAUAUAAAUGAGGCUUCAGAUCUCCUCAUUAAGUCCCAGAAAGAAGACCCAUUAACAUUGCGAUAUAACUGAUGCACAUGUAACAAUAAGCUUAUCAGUCACAUCAGCUAAAAAGACCA